UCCUAUUUCUUCUUAGUUGCAAUGAUAUAGCCUAACAGACAGUAGCUCGGAAAGGAAGGAGAAUGGCGGCAAUUGAUUUAUCCAAAACAUUUGAUGAGAUGGAAUCGGACGAGCUCAGUCUGGAAACGUCAGUUCCGACAGAUUUGACUCUAUCCCCAGACAGAGAAAAUGGACAUGCAGAGGAUCGCAGGGAUCGGAAAUCAAAAGUAACAAGACAACUAAUAGAAAGGAAACAACUCAUGCAUGACAUGCAACUCUUAAGAAUUGAACUGUCUCAAAAAAACUUGACAUUAGAAAACAUGAAAGCAGAAUCUCUCAACAAAGUAGAAGAGCUUGAAGAAAAACUUAAUGAUGCUUUACACCAGAAACAAAUUCUUGCUGCUCGUCUUGAAUCCCAAUUAGCUAUUCAAGAGCAAGAGUCAAAAAGACGUCAAGAUUUGAUUAAAGGAGAGAUGGAAGAGGUUCGCCAAAGGCAGAAACAUUUAGAGGCAACAAAUGAACGUUUGGAAGAAAAAGCAGGGAACGUCAGGAGAACAUUGAGAGACUUAACUCUUACAGAAGAUAAAUAUUAUGAACUGAGAGGACAGAGUGAAGAAGAUUUAUCAUUACGAGAUUAUGUGGCAAUGAAGUUGUUUGAGGCAGUCCGCCCAUUACAAACAGAGAUUGAUCAGAUGAGGUUAAGAAAUAAAACUUUGGAGGAUCAGAACAAAUCAUUUUCAAAAGAAGUCCUGGAAUUGCAGGAGAAAUUAGAUGCAGAGCGUCAGGAACAUGGUGAAUUGCGGAUAAAAUACCAGAAGAUGGUGAUUGAUUUCUCAGACACAAAAUCACAGGUCAAACAUGAUAACUUCAAAGUGGAAAAUUAUGACAGAGUCAAAAGUGAGAAAGAUGGUUUAGAGCAGGAUCGAUUGGAUAUUCAGCGACAGUUUUCAGUACUAGAAGGAUCUCAUCAGACUCUCACCAAGGAGAGAGAUGAUCUGCACAGUGAGCUUUCUGCAGCCAAGCAGUCCCUGUCCUUGCUGAAGCAGGACAAAGAGUACCUGACAAAGCAGGUGUCUGACCUGACUAACAGGUGUACCUACGCAGAGGAGAAGGUCCAGCAGUCCGCUCAUGAACUGGAGGAUGCCAAGAGGGCCAGGGAGGAGAUGUAUGAGAAAUAUGUGUCUUCAAGGGACCAGUAUAAAACAGAAUAUGAAAAUAAACUAAGAGAAGAGCUUGAACAAAUACGACUGAAAACAAAUGGAGAAAUUGAUCGACUUCGCACCAGCACUAAAGAGAUGUAUGAGAGAGAAAACAGGUAUUUAUACACUGGACAUUUGUUUUUGGGAAAUAGAGCUAAUGUCAUAUCGGUAUUGACACAUUUUGAUUUUUGCAGAAAUUUACGAGAAGCAAGAGACAUGGCGAUAUCUGAGAAAGACAGAGCAAUAGCAACAGAAAGAGAAACUUCAACAAAAUAUGAACAGCUUCUCACAGAGUUUCGUCAAGUGCAGAUGCAUGGAGACAGUAAAACUGCAGAACUACAGAAUGAGAUGAAGUUGAAAAGUUUUGAGUUGGAGAGAUUACAGAUGGUGCAUGAAGAAAUGCUACGUAACCUAAGUCAGGCCAAACUAGACAUAGAGAAGCUAGAAAAGAAGGCAGAGGUCCUGACGAAAGAGUACUACACUCUCCAAGCUGGGAUGGAUAAAAAAGUUGCUGAACUCGAGACUCAGAUGUCAGAGAAAAAUGCCAAGAUCCAGAUGUAUGAGCGAGUGGAGAAGGAACUGGAUGAGGUUGUUCUUCAAGCUGCGCAAGUUGAAGAUGACCAAGAGGCAGAAAAAGUUCUGUUUUCUUAUGGUUAUGGUGCUAAUGUUCCUACCACAUCUAAAAGAAGAUUGGAACAAAGUGUUCAUUUAGCUAGAAGAGUGUUGGCUCUUGAGAAGAUAAACACACAACUUCGACAAGAUUUAGAAAGAGAAAAAACCAAAAUUAAACAACUGGCUGAGGAGCUUAAAAGCAGCAAUUCAAUAUUAGACCAAGCACAGCAGCCAUAUAAUUAUUUAAUAGACAGUAUACGUCAAAGAGAUGUACAGAUGAAUAAACUGAAAGAACACAUUGCUAAUCUAGAGGCUGAUGUGCAACAACUUGAAAAGGAGAGAAAUGAUCUUGUCAGGACCAAAAAUAACAUGUCCUUGGAUUUAGAACGCUUGCUGAACCAGAAAGAGGAGAUGUCAGUCAUGAAACAAGUGGUGAUGAACUUGUCCAAUCGUCAGUAUGGAGAGAAGAAGACAAAGUCACGUGAUCUAGCAAGACCCAAAAGUCCAUCCUUGCACAAACCAUUUGGAUCCUUUGAGCCGCAUGAUGAACCAGAAGUUGUUAAGCCUGGGUUCAUAACAGUUACAAAUGAUAAAUCUCAUUGGUCCAAAAAACUGAAACAGAAGAAUGUAGAACAAUCCACCAAGUUCUCUAAGGUUUAUGCCACGGCCAAGUCCUGACCAGCACUGGAGAGUAAUGAAUGAGCACUCACAUAGGUGCCUGGAGAAAAAUCAUUGGAAAAAGUUCUUAUUGAGUGAAGGUUGGACAAAAUAUUGACUGAGCAGAGAUAGGGAAAAAAAGGUUUUAAUGACACAAAAAUGUAUGUGGUUAGUAUAAGAGAAGUUCCAGAGUAUUUUUUGAAUGGGUUUUGUAAACAAACAAAUAUGUCUAGGAUUAUUUGUUGACUGUGAUAAUGAAUAUGAACAAAAACUAUUGACUGAAGAAUAAAUGACAAAAUCAUGUCUUAAAUGCAACUCGAUUUUAAUGAUAUAGUCAUG